AUGGCUUCAUUGGUGCCCGGUGUCCUCGUGAAGCUCCUUCAGCAUAUGAACACGGAUGUAAAAGUCUCCGGCGAGCAUCGGUCCUCGCUCCUUCAGGUUGUCAGCAUUGUCCCAGCGCUCGCCGGGAGAGAUCUUUUCACCAACCAAGGGUUCUACCUCAAGGUGUCGGAUUCAUCCCAUGCGACCUAUGUUUCCCUUCCAGAGGAACAGCAUGAUCUCAUCUUGAGCGACAAGAUUCAGCUGGGCCAGUUCAUCCAUGUGGACCGUCUAGAGGCAGCCACUCCUGUUCCCAUCCUUAGAGGAGUCCGUCCAGUUCCUGGUCGCCAUGCUUGUGUUGGCACCCCUGAGGAUCUUGUGGUGACCAGCUCCUCCAAUUUCCAUGGCAGCAAGAAGGCGCCGCCACCAAAUGGAAUGAAGGAUGCCAGCAUCUUGUCACUAGAAAAGGAAACGAGCAAAUUGGAGAAAAUAAAUGCUUCGCGCAAGCCUACUGGGGCGGAAAAUAAGAAGCCGAUGCUCACCAAAUCAAACUCUUCACUGUCAAGACAAGCUUUGAAUGGGAUUGGUGAUAAGAAGGAAGCAGUUAAAUCAAAGGUGAAGCCAGCUAUUACUAGGUCGACACCUUCAUCACCAACCAGUGUCUAUUCUCUACCUGCAUCAUUCGACAGAUUCUCUAAUGAUCUGAAACAGAGGAACAAAGUAAAAGGAGCAGAGAAAGCUUCAUCUUCUAGGCUUUCCUUGUUAGAAAAGGCUGCUUCUGUUUUGAAGGCUACUAGUGCCGGGAGAAAGUCCUUUGCUGGCAAUUCAAUCAGUAGCUCUGUGUUGAGUAUUGGAUCAGGGCCAAAGGCCUUGAGAAGAAGCUGGGAAGGAAACACGGAUAUUAAAGGAAAAGGCAAUUCAGAAUCAAAGAUAUCCAAACCUGACAGGAAGUCUGAUAACAAGAUCCCAAUGACUCCUAGACGAAAAUCACUGGUGGAUGAGAAGGUGCCACAUAAAGAUGAUAGUCAGAAAGCUGCUAGGAAGAGCACCGCAAGUGCUCCCUCAGAUGACGUUGACAAAGCAGUUAAGAAGCAUAUUCCUACUGUAAAGAGAACUUCUGGGGUUUUAGGAAACUCAAAUGUUACAAAUCUAGUGAAGAUUCCUCCCAACAGCAAAAAACUAACAGAUAUUAGCACUUCAUGGACAUCACUCCCUCCAUCACUUGCCAAACUAGGAAAGGAGCUUCUGAAGUACAGGGAAUCAGCACAAAUAGCUGCUGUUGAAGCCAUGCAAGAAGCUUCCGCUGCAGAGGGCUUGCUCAGAUGUUUGAGCUCGUACGCGGAGGUGAGCUCCACGGCGGAGGAGCCGAACCCGCAGCCAGCCGUAGAGCAGUUCCUCACCCUCCACGCCGCGCUUUCGCGCGCCACAGUGAUCACCGACACCCUCACCAAGUGUGCCACAUCUGCAGCCUCGCCAGAUUGCUCGGCAGCCAGCGACGCUGGAACAGUGGGAUCCGCUACCGACGAGGAGGCGGCUGCCAUCACAGCCGAGCGCCGACGCCGAGCUACGUCCUGGAUGAGCGCCGCUCUCGCUACGGACCUGUCCGCCUUCGGCAUCUACAACCUCAAACCGGCCCCUGCCACCAUCUCCUUGCCGCUGGCCGUGGUCGUCGUCGACGAGUCCGCGAAGCCGGCGGCGGCCGCGGCCACGGCAACGAAAUCAUCGCCGUCCCCCAAGUCGCGGCUGUCCCCCCUGAAGGGGAAGGCGAGGACGGGCACUGCGGCGGCCACAGCGGCGCUGACGACGACGGCCGCGCCGCCGGAGUGGGAGAGGGGAGGAGGCGCCGAGGAGAGGGGCGAGCUGGCGAAGCGGCUCGGAGAGGAGUCAAGGGGCUGGUUCCUCGGCUUCGUGGAGCGGUUCCUGGACGCCGACGUGGCGGCGUCGGCGCCGUGGGACCGCGAGCGCGCGGCCAGGAUGCUCCCGCAGCUAAAGCGCGUCAACGACUGGCUCGGCGAGAUCGGGAAGCGAAGCGAGGCUCCGUCGCUGCCGCGGGCAGACGCGGACGGUGAGGCGACCGCCGCGAGCACCGCCCCUGUCCCCGCGAACGGCGGCUGCGGCGUACCUGAGGAGACGAUAGAGCGGCUAAGAAAGAAGAUCUACGAGUAUCUACUCACCAAUGUCGACUCUGCCGCCGCAAUGCUCGGAGGUGGCGGAGGCGGCGGGGCGGCCGCGCCGACGAACGGGAAAAAGGGGUGA